AAACACAGUUAUUCGAUUAGAAAAAUAAAAACGGGCACGGUGUAAUUGUAAAGUGCUGCAAAAAUGAAGAAACAAUUCACGAAAAUUAAAAUUGCAGCUGAAAAUUUGGGGAGAUCUAACAAAUCCGAUUGCAAAGAUUCUGAAUUAGAAAUAAUAGAAAAACAAGUGGAAAAGUAUAAAGAUGUCUUGGAGAAAAUGGUGCGCAAGUUGCCGGCUGUCAGUUCUUCAACCGACACCCAAGAGCGGGAUAAACGUAUCAGGAAGAAUAGCCACUACAAAAUUGGACAAGCACUGGAAGAGUCGUCCAGAGAUCUUUCCAAGGAGAUGCCGUUACAUCAUGUGCUAACAAAUUGUGGCGAACUUGAGAAGUCAAUUGCGGAAUGCAUCGUUGACAAUGAACUGGAGACGGAGACUGAAGUGGUGCGUCGUUUGAAGCAAAUUUUGGAUACUGAAAUCCAAGUAAUUUCAACAACCAAACGCACUGUAUCACGUAUUUUGCAGGAUUAUCAGUCAGAUAAGCGUAACUAUGAGGCCGCCAUUCGUUUAGACGAGGCACCAGCUAAAAUCAGUGGCCUCAAAGACCUAAUGGAACAACGCGAAGUGAAGUUAGAUAAGGAGCGCGACACGCUGGCAAGACAUAUGUUCGAGCUGAUCACCAAAGAAGACGUUAUCGUCGAAUGCAUACGUGACUAUGUGCUCUACCAGCGUAACUAUCACGAGCGUGCGUUACAGAAGGUUAACAGCUCUCUCGCCAACAUACAAGAUAUAAUACAAUCUACGGUGAAAUCACGUUUUGGCACCCCGCUGAUAGAGCAUUUAGAAUCGACGAAUCGUGAGAUCUCCUACAUUAUAGAGCUAUGCGUUUGUUGUCUCAUAGAGAAUGGUAUCUAUGAGGAGGGUAUACUGCGUGUGGGUUGUGCAACUUCAAAAUUCCGACGCAUGAAACACGCGCUUGAGGCACAAUAUAUAAAGACACCAUUACCCCUAGAAUAUCAGGAUCCGCAUGUUAUUGGUGCUGUACUCAGGCAAUAUUUGCGUGAUCUGCCCGAACCGUUGCUCACCUAUAAAUACUACAAUGACUUUAUACGUGCAACGGAAUGUGGCAAUGAGGCGGAGCGUAAAGCAGCCAUCAAAGCGACACUGGCCAAAUUACCAGCGGCAAAUUAUGCGAAUUUGCGCUACCUGACACGCUUUCUCUGGCUGAUCACACAGAAUGUAGACCAAAAUAAGAUGACUUCGCAAAAUGUGGCGAUUGUUAUGUCGCCGAAUAUGUUGUGGCCGCGUGUAGACAAGGGCAAUCCGGCUGACUAUGUUGGUCAGGUGAACAGUACAUCGGCGGUGAAUGUGAUCGUGGAACUGUUAAUUAGUCAAUGGGAUUAUUUCUUUGAUGGGGAUGUAGAGUUCUUUGUGACGCUGGUGCGUGGUAAACUUUUUAUGGAGGGUAAAAGUAAAUCUGGCUCCUCUAACGAAAAUUUAGAUCGAAAUGACACGGAUUCGCUUGAGAGUCCACGAUACGGCACGAUACGUCGGCAAAAAGCCUGUGCGCCAUCACCGCCAAGCGCCGCAAAAGUGGUGGAAAAAUAUACUCCCCAGUAUGAAGCGCAGCGCAAUGGUGACGUGAACUCGCGCGGCAAGGAGCUCUUUCCCAACACAACAACAACAAAAGCUACCACAUCAGCAGCUACUAACAAUAAUAAUCCUAAUAAUAACAACAACGGUUCUAGUAAUAACAGCACCGAUAGGCCCGAGAAACCACCAUUGCCAAAAUUGUCACCCUUCCAGCAGCCACUUACACAACAAAUGCCACCGCCAGAUCCGCCUCAGUCGGCCAAACCGGUACCCAUGACACGUACACAAUUCUUCGGUUUGGAUAAUUUACCCUCACCUGUAGCGGAUCGCAAGAGUGGUGAUAGUGUAGCAUCACUAACCUUCAAGCCAGAUUUGCCACAAAAGCCAAAAAUACCAAAACGGCCAAUGGUGUUGGGGCUCACCGGUAAUGGUGGCAGUAAAAGUGAUGAUGAGACUACACCAACGCAAACGCAAGCCAAUGAAAUGGGUAAUGGCAGGGUUGGUGGCAGCAAUGGUGCUGGUGUUGGUAUUGUAUCACGCACCACUGAAAAAUUCAUCGAGAAGCUACGCAGCGAAAACUGUGAUAACGCAGCAGCGACACUAACACGUGAAAACCAACACAAUCAACGCCGUUUGAGUACGGAACAAAAUGCAAAUAUAAAUAACGCUGGUAUUGGGGGCGGCGGCGGCGGCAGCAGCAACAGAAACAGCAUUGGCAGUGUCUACAGUCUUGGUGGUCAUUCUCGGUCCAAUUCAAAUACGAAUGCCAAUAUAUGCGCACCUUCACAACAACAACAACAACAACAGCAAACCGAAACUUUGAAUACACCCACAUCGACAACAGCGACAUCAGCAGUGAGUACGGCACAAGCGCAGACCCAAACGCCGGCGCCGAUAAUACGCAACACACCCACAACACCCGUUUCGCCACAUAUGAUAUUGACUAAGCGUCCUACAGUGCCAGCGCCACCGCCGCCAACGUUGGUGAAAAAACCAACAGAUUAAGUGCGUUAGGCUGUUAACGAGUUCGCAUUUGUUUGUAGUUAUAUAAGAAUUAUGCACACACACACCCACACAGAGGGAUAUUUACAUAUGUAUGCACACACACACACACAACUAACUAAGUGCAGUAAACUGUUAAACAAGAAUUUGCAUUGUGUUUUUGUAAAUAUAAUAUAAAUAUUGUGCAUUGCGUUUGCUUCGGCAGAACAAAAAAAAAAAAGAAGAAAAGUUGAAACUGUGUGAAAGCAAAAUGUGCUGCGAAAUGAUCUACUAGUAUUUUUCUAAUGAAAAUUUAAUUAUAUUGUCUAAAUUAUUCAUGCAUAUGUAUGUAUAUGUAUUUUGUUUAUAAAAUUUGCCGUGUGACAAUUAUCAUUUAGCAGUAAGAUGAUAAAAAAUCCUUUAAAAUUUUAGAAAUUAUUUUAAAUACAUUUUUUUAUUAUGUUUUGUGUUUAUUAUUCUUGAAGCAUGUUAGCUUGGCAAACAAGCAAUAUAAAAAAUAUGCAUUUAAGUAUUUUAAUAUUUGCUAUAAUGGUAUAAAAAUGCUAUUAAAUCGCAGAGAAAUUUUCUAAAUUAUGCUUUUAAUUAAAAAAAAUAUACAACUGUUUUGCAAAGGCCAAAAUUUGUAGUAAUCAUUUCCCUUUUUGGGCCAAAGUAGCUUUGCAACAGGCCAAAUUAAGUGAUAAUUCAAAAUGUUUUAAAAAUAAUAAUAAAAGUAAAUUCUAACUAAUUCAUUUGGUUGAAAAUAUCAAUGUAAAAUUAAAUAAAACAAAUUUUCAGGCAUUUAAAAAAUAACAUUGAAAAUAAAUGUUAAGCUUUUUUCACUGCUGCCUACAAAGAGCUUCAAAGAGCUUUGAAAAUGUGUCAAAAGACAUGUUACUUGUGCGUGCAUCACAAAUAGUAAUUUUCGUUAAAAUUUUAGUAUUUGAAAAAUUUAAAAAGUAUCAAAAGAAAAAGUUAACUAAUUUUGCUUCUUAAAUUAUUUAUUAUGACUGUGCAUAUUAAUUCACAAAGAGACUUUGAGAAAAAAUUUAAUUAUCAUAUAAAUUAUUUUAAGCUCAAUUUACGCUCAUGUAAAUAAUUAUGAGAUCAAGUUUUGUAGCGACUAAACCGAACAGCAAAAUGUGGCAAUAGUCAAAUAUUUUUUAAAUCAACUUGUUUUGGUCCGAAAUCAUGUAUUUGAUUAUGUAUUGUCUAGCGUUAUUUAAUUUAACUAAGGCUCUUAAUUGAAAGUCCGAUUUUUUGCUCUGCUCUCUAUAAAAAUUAAAAUUUGUAUGAUUAAUACCUCAUCUAAACAAAACAGAAAUUCAUUCUUUCAAUUUAUUUAAUAAACUAAAUAUUUACUAUAUCAAUUGUCUUAAGUAACACGCGCUUUUAACCAUGUUUUAAAAAUAAUUAGAUUUGUUGUAAUAGUUUAAAAAUGUAUGUAAAAAUAAAAAAGAAGA